GCCCCAAGCGUGACCAUGGGGAACGCACAUUCCAAGAGCGGCGACAGGGACCGCUCGCUCCACGGCCGCCCCGAGCUCUCAUUCUACAGUUCUCUUCCCAGGAAGUGGAGCGAGAACGUCUUUCUGGAUAACGAGCUGCUGACCUCCAAGAUCCUGUCCGCGCUGCGGCCCCAGUCGGAGCGGGGCCUCCGGACGGGCCACCUCCGCUACCCUGCCCACUUCCUCAGCACCAACUCUGUCUUUGCCUCCGUCGCAGCAUCCCUGAAGGAGCAUCCGAGGGCCACCCUCCUGUCCGAUGGCAGCCCGGGCCUGGCCAGGAAUGUCGGCAUGACGGUCUCGCAGAAGGGGGGUCCACAGCCAACACCCAGCGCGGCGGGAACGGGGACGAGACUCGGACCAGUCCCAGGAGAGAUGGAUGAAGCCGACACAGUGUUUCUGAAGUUCAAGCAGGCAGCCGAUGACUCUCUUUCACUUAUAUCUUCGAACGCCGAGUCCAUCUUUGUAGAAGACCCCUACACUGCCUCGCUGAGGAGUGAGAUCGAAGCAGACACCCAUGAGUUUGAGGCCGAGUCCUGGAGCCUCUCUGUGGACCCCACAUAUGUGAAGAAACAGAAGAGGGAGGUGGUGAAAAGGCAGGAUGUGCUUUAUGAGCUGAUGCAGACAGAGGCCCACCACGUGCGGACGCUCAAGAUCAUGCUGAAGGUCUACUCCAGGGCCCUGCGGGAGGAGCUGCAGUUCAGCCCCAAAGCCGUCGGCCGUCUCUUCCCGGGCGCGGACGACCUGUUGGAGGUGCACGGCCACUUCCUGUCUCGGCUGAAGGAGCGCCGUCAGGAGUCCCUGGAGGAGGGCAGCGACCGCAACUACAUCAUCCAGAAGAUCGGGGACCUCCUGGUACAGCAGUUUUCAGGUGAAGACGGGGAGAGAAUGAAAGAAAAAUACGGUGUCUUUUGUAGCGGCCACAACGAAGCCGUCAGUCACUACAAGUUGCUGCUGCAGCAAAACAAGAAAUUUCAAAACUUGAUCAAGAGAAUCGGCAACUUUUCCAUCGUGAGGCGGCUGGGCGUGCAGGAGUGCAUCCUUCUGGUCACCCAGCGCAUAACCAAGUACCCGGUGCUGGUGGAGCGCAUUAUCCAGAACACGGAAGCUGACUCAGAGGACCACAAAGACCUGACCCAGGCCCUGAACCUCAUCAAAGACAUCAUCUCACAAGUGGAUGCCAGGGUCAGCGAGUGUGAGAAAGGCCAGCGCCUCAGGGAGAUCGCAGGGAAGAUGGACCUCAAGUCCUCCAGCAAGCUCAAGAACGGGCUGACCUUCCGCAAGGAGGACAUGAUGCAGCGGCAGCUCCACCUGGAGGGCAUGCUGUGCUGGAAGACCACGUCCGGGCGCCUGAAAGAUGUCCUUGCCGUCCUGUUGACAGACGUGCUUCUGCUGUUACAAGAAAAGGAUCAAAAAUACGUCUUUGCUUCCGUGGACUCCAAGCGCCCCGUCAUCUCGCUGCAAAAGCUCAUCGUGAGGGAGGUGGCCAACGAGGAGAAAGCCAUGUUUCUGAUCAGCGCCUCCCUGCACGGGCCUGAGAUGUACGAGAUCUACACCAGCUCCAAGGAGGACAGGAACACCUGGAUGGCCCACAUCCGGAGGGCCGUGGAGAGCUGCCCAGACGAGGAGGAGGGGCCCUUCAGUGAGGCCGAAGAGGAGAGGAAGGUGGUCGAGGCCCGCGCCAUGAGGCUGAGGGACUUCCAAGAGCGACUGAACAUGAAAGACCAGCAGAUUGCCCAGACUCUCAUUGAGAAGCAGCAAAUCUACCUGGAGAUGGCCGAGAUGAGCGGCCUGGAGGACCUCGCCCCAUCGCGGCUUCUCUUCCGGGGAGGGGAUCCCCCCGAGAACCUGCAGGGGGAGCUGAUUCUCAAGUCGGCCAUGAGUGAGAUCGAGGACAUCCAGAGCCUGAUCUGCAGGCGGCUGGGCAGCUCCAGCAGCCAGGUGGAAGACGGAGGCGGCUCCGCAGCCCUGGCCUGGAGGGUGGAGGCCUCCGGGGGCUCUGACGGCGUCAGCAAGAAUGGCAGUUUUCAGAAGAAUGUCUGCAGCAGUGACCCCAGCCCCCGAGACUGGCAGGGCCCUGCGGGUAGCCUGGACUCGAGGCUCGGCGACACCCCGGGGGCCUCCGAGGAAGCACUGAAGGUGGCAGAGGCACCAGCUGCAGAGCCCACCCUCCGGCUGCCUGCCGUCCUGGAGUCGGAGCUUGUCCAGAGGAUCCAGACAUUGUCCCAGCUGCUUCUCAGCCUCCAGGCGGUCAUCGCCCAGCAGGACAGCUACGUGGAGCUGCAGAGGGCGGCCAUCCAGGAGCGCGAGAAGCAGUUCCGGCUGCAGUCAACUCGCGGGAACUUGCUGCUGGAGCAGGAGCGGCAGCGCAACUUCGAGAAGCAGCGGGAGGAGCUGGCGGGCGUGCAGAAGCUGCAGGGCCAGCUGCGGCUGGAGCAGCAGCGCUGGGAGCGCGAGCGGGAGCGCCAGAGCCAGGAGCUGGACCUGGCCUCGGCGCGGCUACAGCAGCGCGAGAGCGAGUCGCUGCGGCUGCAGGAGCAGCUGAGCCAGGAGCGCGAGGAGCUGGAGCGCCAGCGCCAGGCCUACCAGCACGACCUGGAGCGGCUGCGCGAGGCCCAGCGCGCCGUGGAGCGGGAGCGCGAGCGGCUGGAGCAGCAGCGCAGGCUCAAGAAGCAGAACACGAUGUCUGGGCCGCAGCCGCCGGAGGCGCUGACGGAGGCCCAGCCCCCCAGCCACACUCCCAGCUUCAACGGGGAAGGGCUGGAAGGGCCCAUGGCCCUGCCCAAAGCACCGGGGACCCGGGUGAGCUCGCUGCUGUCCGGUGCUGGGCCCGAGUACGCCGAGCGCGCCGAGGUGACCCGCAGGGACAGCGCCCCAGCCGACGGGCGGCUUGUCAAGAGCGACGUGCCCAUCCAGCUGCUCAGCGCCACCAACCAGAUCCAGAGGCAGGCAGCCGUGCAGCAGCAGAUCCCCACCAAGCUGGCCGCCUCCACCAAGGGAGGCAAGGACAAGGGCAGCAAGAGCCGGGGCUCCCAGCGCUGGGAGAGCUCAACCUCGUUUGACCUGAAGCAGCCACCGCUUUUCAACAAGUUCAUGGGCAAAGAGGAGAACGCCUCUCGGAGCCGCCGCUCACUGAGUCCCGUCCUGCGCAGCUCCACGCCCCCCCCAGACCCCUGCCUCCCAGCCCCGAUCCCGGCCCCAGCAGACGUCCCCUCUGACUACUUCAAGGCCUGGGCAACAUCCUUCCCACACAGGGGCCUGUCCUCCACGUCACUUGACAAGGAAGAAGCCAGCAAGGAAGAUGUCAUCUUCUUCUAGGGGGCGUGGCUCAGGGUGCAGACC